AUGUAAUUAUAUUUCUGUAAAUUUAAAAUGAACCACAUCAGCCCCAACCGCUUUGCAUCGGUGCUGCCCCAUAUAAUCGGCAUAUUGCAUUCAGAGCCGCAUCAGAGCGCCACUGUGGAUGAUCUGUGCCACGCAGUGGAAGCGUGUGCUCUGAUGGAUGAGGCCAUGAUGCGCCACAUAUGUUCCUUCGACACCCUUACGGACGCCGUGUACUAUGGGAUGGAGCUGGGCAAGAAUAUGGGCCUACUUGCCCAUUCGAAUGGGAUAAUCCGUAUUCCUUUCAAAUUGGCCAAACGUAGUCCUGGGGACGAGAACCAACGCCAUGUCGAGGUUGAGUACGUGGAUCUACGGAGCAGUGUCGAGCAGCGGAAGCUUCCGUGCAACAGCGAGGAGUCUGUGUGCAACGCCUCGGAUGAAGAGCUUCAGUUCAGCGACGAGAAUGGGGAGCCUUGCUACAGCGUCGAUGAGCCUCGCAUCCCAGGCCGUGUACUCCGAUCGGCAAUGAAUCCAGUGACGGGAACGAAGGUGGGUAAUUCCAGUACCCAUGGGGCCAAACACCCUGGCUAAGAUCACUCCAGGACACCGGUGGCAAGGAGUGGCGUCGAAACCAUGAAAUUAAAUCGAAAACAAUCCACCAACGAUAUUUAAUUUAAUCCCAAAAUAUAUCAGUUCAAUCAUUGACUUCCCGGUUAAA